AUGAAGAACAAAGCAUUCUUUGUUCAAUAUCUUACAAACCAACCUGUGGAAAUCGAAACUCACUUUGAUGGUGAACUAGAGAGAAAAAGACCACUCAACAAUAUAUCGAAACUAAUUGCUGCUUUCCAAGCACUUCCCAACUCUCCUCUUGCUUCUGCUUUUGUUGGAGACCUCACCAUCCAUUAUGUGGUGGAUGGUCCAGCCAUUGCUGGGAAUACUCUAUUAACCUCCAUUCAAAAUCAUCUUGGUUCCUACGACCAUCCAUUCAUCAUUAAAUCCAAGAAUGGUAUUGAUGCAAGAACCACUUCACUCAUCAACGCUACCGCUAUUGCUUCAGAUCCAAUGCAACUUGAUUUGUUCUUGCCCUGCCAGAUCCCCUUUUACAACAACAUAUGCAACGCUGUUGGACAGGAUACAUGGCUUUUGUUUGAACAAGAGAUUCCCUCGUCUACGUUGAAACGACUCUUUAUUCGGGACAGUUAUAAAUCCAUUGCAUCAAACAUCAAGCCCGGCAUCAACAAGGCAAUCAUCACAGGAACUCCUGGCAUUGGCAAGUCUUUAUUUCUCAUCUACUUAUUAUGGAAGCUUGUCAAGGAAGGCAAACGAGUGCUAUUCAUUUAUCAUCCUAGCACUAUCUACUACGAUGGAAAAGGCGGUGUGUUUUACCCUAAUUUUCUACCUUCCGACAACAACGUAAACUUUUGGGCAUCUGACUUGUGGUGUUUGUUUGACGCCAAAGGCAAAAACGCAGCAUAUCUAGAUGCACUUCCCUAUGAAAGGUGUUCAUUUGUGGUGUCAACCUCCCCACGACGAGAACUAACCAACGACUUUAAAAAAUCCCUUCCCCUUCAGAUCUUUUACAUGCCAUUGUGGACUAAACCAGAAUUGGAAGCCAUUGCACCCUGUUUUGUUACUGUUAUUGACUGGCGCCAUCGUUUCAAAAUCCUUGGUGGAGUCCCUCGACGUGUCUUGGAAGAUACAAGUAGUGAUCCAGUAGAAUUGCUUCGAAACGCAUGUAGGCAAUGCAAGCUUGAUGAUUGCAUCAAGAUAAUUGGCUUGAACUCGACUAUUACAGACAAGUCUCAAGUUGUCCAUUCUUUGGUUCACAUGACAUCUGUUGACCCAUUCACAGAAUCAUCUGUUGCCUUUGCGUCUCAAACAGCCUUGGAUAUCAUUGUUCAAAUCAAAGGAACAGAAGCGAAACGCAAGAUGGAGGAACUCUUGGCCUCGUGUGAAGGAAGCCCUCUUACUGCUGCACUGUGUGGAUAUAUUUUUGAACCGUAUGCUUUUGAAAUGCUGGAGAACGGAGGUGUUUUUGAGAGCCACAAGUUGGUGCAUGGAAAUGAGAAAUCCAAGCCUGAAGAAACGACUCUUACCAUUCCACCUUCAGUGAAACUAGUUGUUGAUAGAGUUUUACUGGGUCAGACUCCAAAUCAGCUAUAUGUGCCAAAAACUAAAAACUAUGCAGCAAUUGAUGCUUGGAUUCCUGGAAUUGGUGCAUUUCAAAUGACUGUUGGCAAGAAACAUGAUAUCAAAGGCGGUGCCAAAAAAGAUUUAAAGAUGCUUGGAAAAAAAGCCAAGAAGUUGUAUUGGUUACUUCCUCCACUGCAUUACCAUUCUUUCACCAAGAAAACACCAAAAAGUAUCGACCAAUACGCUGUAAAAAUUCCUUAUCCUAGUAUGUAA